AUGACUGUAUCACGUGCAAGACAGCCAAGGUCGCUUCCAGACAUAAUUGCUUCCAACCUUCAAUUUGCGAUUGAUAUCUUAGCAAGAUCACCCAAAAUGAUGGUCCUCGAAAACCGAACACCAUGGUGUCAUCCUAAACUUUACCAGAAUUAUAUGCCAAGAGCAAUGCAGGAUGCCUUUGCCUGCUGCUCUCUAUACAUGUCCAAAAACGAUGUCAACGCGGCAGUCAUAAUGGCCUUGUUCGAUGCCAGAAUCAUAGACCUCAUAUCAAGCCCGGAGCCGACUACUACAAUCGAAAUCCUUGCGCGGGUUCACGCCUUGAUUCUCUACCAGGUCAUGCGCCUAUUCGAUGGUGACAUUCGCUCUCAUGCCACAGCAGAUGCCCUUUUCGUAUCGCUCAGGUCUUCCGUCCUGACUCUUCUGAGUCACUUGCACCUCCCACUUCCAUCAGACUCUACGGAACCCAUGCCACUAUCCAUCGACGCAGUCACCGACUUUUGGGAUUCCUGGGUUCUCCAAGAAUCAGCACGGAGAACCGUUCUGCUCGCGUUUUAUUUUAUGCAAAUAUACAAAGUUCUCCAAGGUACUCCAAAUCUGUCAUGUGAUCAGAAACUGGGCCUUCACCACUCAUGGUACUUAUCAUCCCAUCUUUGGAAUGCUCAGAGCGCUUUUGACUUUGCCGUGGCGUGGGCAGAGAAGCCGCACUUUGUCGUGGGUAAUCUGGAAUUUUCUUGGGUUCUGGCUACUGCACGGCCAGAUGAUGUAGAUACAUUUGGUAAAAUGCUUUUGGUGACGCUUUUGGGGCUUGAUACAACUAAGACGUGGUUUCAUAGUAGGGGGACUAUAUUUGCUGAAUAA